AUGUCUGUCUUUGGCUCAGUUUAUGACCCAUUCUUUGACUACGACCCACUUUUUGAUCUUGACUUGGGUUGGCCGUGGACUGGCGGUUACGUUAGUGAUCGCGGUUCUACCAGUGGUCUUCGCGGUACUCGAGGCGUCGGUGCUCAAGGUGGCGAUGUUGCCCGUGAUGAACGUGGUGGUCAAAGAGACGUGGAUCGAGCUGUUGAUUACGGUGGUGAAACAGACUCAUUUGUUCGUCGUAUUCCUAUUCAAGAUCGUGUUCCACGCCAUGCCAGUUCCAGAGUCAUGACCGAAAGGGAAGGUGAUGUAGUCUGGAGACCCGCUACUGAUGUUCUUGCAAACGAUAAUGAAUUCAUUAUUCAUGUGGAUCUUCCUGGUGUCCCAAAAUCAGACAUCCAGAUUGAUUUACGUGAUCGUGAGCUCGUGAUCCAAGGUGAAUCUAAACAACAUGAAGCCUAUAAGGCUGCCAGUUCUCGCGUUCGCGAACGAAGCAUUGGCAAAUUCCGCAAACACGUGUAUUUGCCGCGUAACAUGACUUUGGACAAAGAUCAUAUUCAGGCCGAAUUCAAUAACGGAUUAUUGGAAAUCAAGAUUCCUCGUACUGGCGAGAAACAAACUACCAUCAGCAUCCAAUAA